AUGGCGUCUAUCAGGCGGUACUUGCGGAUUCCGCAGGAGUUGAAGCCGUCGGAGAUAUUCAGGCAAAGCUCGCUUUCGCCGAGCAAGAUCGUGCUGCAGAUCGUGCUGCUCCAGGUGUUCUACUACCUGACGGCGUACGUGCUGUUCUACGGUUGGGCGAACCUCUGCGGCUACGAGUUCGAGGCAAGCAAGUGGAUAUUCUCGUGGGAGCUUAUCGAUUUUUCGAACUCUCUAGGGCUCUCGUUGACGUUGUUGUGGUUGCUGGACGCGUUGGUGUGUGUAUUCUUUUUGACGGUUAUCGUCGGGCGCAGCAAGCUUGCAUGGGACUUUGCGGUGACGAUCCAUGCGAUAAAUCUCCUAGUGGUGUGGUUUCACACGAAGCAGCUUCCGUCGUUCUCGUGGUUUUUCCUGCAGCUCUGUUCGAGCUUGAUUUUGGUGUUUUUGGGGACGUGGACCACGAGGUGGCGCGAGCUUCGCGACACGUUUUUUGAGGGUCUCAUAGAUCAGGAACCUAUUACGGGUGGGGCUGAGUCUCCCUAUCAUGGCAGUUCUCAGAACAGACAGCAGUUUGAGAUGAAGGACUUGGAGGCACAGAAAUAG